AUGUCGCGAAAUUAUAAUCCUGAUUACAACCAUCGCGAAUAUCAAAUAACUCAACAAAGGACUGAUGAUAGAAGAAACAAAUAUACAGAUCACGAAAGAAGUCAUAAAUCUAGAGAAUAUGAUUACAGAAGAGAUAAUGAUAAAUACAAAGAUAAAGAUCGGAAUAAAGACAGAGAGAAAGAAUAUUCAAGAGAAAGGCGAUAUGAUAGGGAAGAAAGCAAACAUCGUCAUGAUCGAGACGUAAAACCCCCAUAUGAUAGAGAAAGAUCUGAUGAUCGAAAAUACACUCAGGAAUACAUACCACAAUCCCAGCAAAAACCCGAAAUUUCGGAACAACCACUGACAUCACUUUAUGAAGCGAAAGGACAACUAAGUACAUUAGUCCGCAUAUCGGAAAAACGUAAGCAAUUAACUAGCCUUUAUAAUGGAACCACUGCUGAGCAAUGGUUUUUAGACGAAUUAUUAACUUGUUUUGAUGUAUUGAUUCCAAGGCAAUCAGGAAUCACAUUUUUAUACUCAAUUAACCGCAAAGUCAGACAACCUUACGAGCCAUGGUAUAGUGCAAUUAUUUCUAAUGUUCCGGCUUUUUUACAAUAUCCUACGGGACCUCUUUUAGUUAUCGACUUAAUUAAAUUACUACCAGAAUCUGUUGUCGAAGAUGUCGCAUAUGAAUGCAUUUCUAUGCUUAGAGAAAAGUCUGAUGAACAAUAUAUUUCAUUAUACAUCGAUAUUAUUAGAAAAUUCUCGAAAAAUGACAAAAUAAUUUCCCAACUAUUCGAGUUCAAUUGGCCAGAAUUGAAAGGACAUCAAGAAAUUGCAGUUGAAUUAAUUUCAACUUUACCAACGUCAUCUACUGACAAUCUCUUUACGAAAUACGCUUCUCAGAUAUCAUACAUGACCCAAGAUAUCGAUUUUGUCCACACAAUUUGCGCAUUUCUUGAUUACGGAUCUCCCAACGUUCGCGAACAGAUAUUUGCCUUAAUGAUGCCUUCCAUUCGCGAUCUCUCAAUGCGAGAUCCAAGUUGGAAUGUCCUAGUUAACAUGAUUGUCACUGGAUCUAACGAACAAAUCAAAAAAAUUGCAGAAAUACUACAGCAAUUGAUUGAAAACAGUCCUACAUUACCACCACAUUUUGAUAUAGUUAUCUCGAGGCUUCUUAUAUCACUUCAAGUCCAAGAUCGAAUAAAUUUGGUUUCCAACAUCAUGCCUCACAUUGAUAAGCUCAACAAGCCUAAAUUUGUAGAGACAAUCAAAUACAUUUCUAUGUUAUGGAAUGAAUAA